AUGUCUUUCUUCACCAGCACCACCACCACCACUGAAAUCCUGUCCUAUCCAAGCGCUGCAUGGCCUGGACUUAAGCUGGUCGCGAAUAGAUAUGCAUCUCCUGUACCAGCAGCUGCUGGGAUGACUUUGUUGUUCACCCAUUGCAUUGGAGCUCAUAAGGAACUCUGGGAGCCCGUUAUUGCACAGCUUUUCAAGAAUAAAGACACCGCUCCGCUCAUUCGGGAGGCAUGGUCGAUUGACUGGCAGAGCCAUGGCGACGCCGCUGUCGUUAACGAGCAUCUGCUGAAGUCGAGAGGCGUCUCUGCAUUGGAAUAUGCGAACGGUGUAGUCGCUUUACUAUCGUCUCAUCACUUGCAAGGCCACAGUAUUUUGGGAAUCGGCCACUCUGCUGGUGCCACCGCUAUCCUGCUCUCUACGUUGGCCUUUCCUCAGGACAAGUCACCCUACCGAGGCAUCGUCCUUACCGAGCCUGCCAUAACUACCCGGGAAGAGUUCGAGCAGCAUCGCGAGGGGCGCACUGCCACCCUCGCUGCUGUGUUCAAAGCGGUCGACGAAAGACGUGACAUGUGGCGUGACCGCACUGAAGCGCUGCAGCACUUCAAGAAACGCCUCCCAUUCAGGACGUGGGAUCCACGAAUUUUGCAACUCUUCAUGCGACAUGGUCUGAGAGAUGUCGUCGCCAGAGAGAACGGUGAGAUUGUAGCUCGAGUGGCACUCAAGUGCACCAAGCUACAGGAAAAGAAGGGCUACGACGACGACACCGAGCCUCACUUCGCCGCAGCGGAGAGACUUCAAACUCUCAACCAGUCCAUCCAAGUGCAUUGCAUCUUCGGCGAACGAAGCGAUCUUAUUCCUUGGCAUACGAAUGAAUCUAUGCUGCAGCUGCGCAAAAUGGCCUCGGUACAGUUUGUCGAAUGCGCAGGGCAUUUUGUAUUACAGGAGAAUCCUGAUGGCGUAGCGUUGAGCAUUGCGUACAUCCUUCAUGAUAUGUCCAUGUCGAGAGGAAAGCUUUAA